AUUUGUGCCGUUCACACACACCAACUUCAGUUUGCCAACACGAGUUUAAAGGAGUCAACAAGAGUCGUGCCAGUCUCUUGUGAUAAGCCGCAAGAAGGCCUGGGAACAAUCACAUCAAACAUGGCGGACAAACGGGCAAAAACAAUACGCACCUUUCGGGGUUUUAUUUUAGGACACUGAUCAAUUUGCAAGCACAGGAUCGCGAUGCUGGACACUUAUACCUGGCAGGGAACCCUUUUAGCGGCAAUCUGUGCAUUACGACUUGCAGAUUAAAAGAGUAAAAAUGUGAAGUUCAAGGCGAUGUCAAUGGCUCUUCUAACAAAAGUUACAAAACGUGUUGUGCAUGCGAGAAGCGCUGUUUCACCUCCGCUGAAGUUAACUUUAGCUUUUCACAGAACAUUUCCAUCAACGGUGGGAGCUCCAGGAUCUCACAUGCCAUUAAAGACCGUUGCAAGCGUACAGAAUCGAACUCGUUCCCUUGUCCAAGCUCUUCGAACGGCCAAGAAUGAACAGUCAAGGUUGAUUCGUCUAGAGGAAUUUAACGACCACGUGCUUCGCUAUCAAGGCGUCAGCAGAAGUCAGGCUAUAAGAGAACAGGUGAUAAGCACCCUGCUGGAAAUCAGAAAGAAGGGAAAUAAGGAGGUCCGUAAAGAAAGUCAGAAAGCUUUGGCUCAGUUGGGGUGGGUGGACCCCGUGAAGGGGAGAGGGAUCAAGGUGUUGUCCAUUGAUGGCGGCGGAUCCAGAGGUCUGAUAUCCAUUGAAAUCCUUAAGAGAAUUGAACAGCUUUGCAACAAGGAGAUUUAUGAGUUAUUUGACUUAAUCUGUGGUGCUUCAACUGGUGCUAUCCUAGCUUUCUUGAUCGGCAUCAAGAAAGUUCCACUGGAGGAGUGUGAACGCACCUAUAGAAAGCUCAGUAUGGAUAUAUUUGAACAAAAUACUCUGAUAGGAACAGGGAAAUUGUUCUGGAAUCAUGCCUACUACGACACUGCUAAGUUUGAACAGAUUCUCAAGAAAGAAAGUGGAGAUGAAAGGUUGAUAGAUUCUGCUAAGGAUACAACUAUUCCCAAGGUGGCUGCAGUGUCCACAGUAGUGAAUCAUUCUAUCCUGUUGCCUUAUGUGUUCAGUAACUACACACAUCCUUAUGGUUCCAUCUCAAAGUUUCCUCAGAGCUGUAAGCACAGGCUGUGGGAGGCGUUAAGAGCAUCUACUGCAGCACCUGGCUUCUUUGAGGAUUCGUUUUCUUUGGAGAUCUAUAAAGGUUCUAGCAAGUACAUAUUUAGGCCUGAAAGUCAAUGA